AUGGCGUCGUUAUUUAGAGGGGGUGAAGUCGAAGUAUGCAGCAAACAAGAUGGGUUUGUGGGUUCCUACUAUGCAGCAACCGUGAUCCGAGAACAUGGGGACAACUCAUACGCAGUGCAGUACAAGAACCUGUUGGAAGAAGACGAAUCUAGGCCGUUGAUUGAGGUGGUCGAUGCUGAAGAUGCCAGGCCUGUGCCACCCAAAGUUUUGGCAACUGGGUUUGCUUUAUAUGAAGAGGUUGAUGCCUUUGACAACGAUGGUUGGUGGGUGGGCAAGAUCAGUGGCAGGAAAGGGUCUAAGUACCUUGUGUUCUUUGAUGAGUAUGGGGUUGAGAUUGCAUAUCCAUCCUCUCAGUUAAGGGCUCAUCUUGAAUGGGUCGGCGGCAAGUGGGUUUUUCCCAAGAACAGGGCCUUUUGA